AUGACACAACCGUUUCGUACAUUGCUUGACUUGUGUCGGCGUCGAGGCUUUUUAUACCAAUCGGCCGAAAUUUAUGGCGGUUUAAGAGGAGCUUACGAUUAUGGACCACUGGGUGUAGAAAUGAAGAAGAAUAUUUUAAACUCUUGGUGGCAAAGACACGUUUAUAACCGCGACGACGUCGUUGGUCUUGACACCAGUAUUUUGACACCUCAUCCUGUAUUAAAGGCUUCAGGUCAUGUCGAUGAAUUCACUGAUCUUCUUGUCGAUUGUGCCUUGACCAAGGAACGUUUCCGACCCGAUAAAGCACCUCCUUUGAGUCUAGAUAAAAAUGGACAUAUUCCCAUUACUGCACCCAGCAAGGAAACAGCGCUUGCUUGGAAGAAAGCCAUUGAAGAUCAAUUUGCACCCAAUACCAAAGUCACAGUGGAAGGCAACCGCAUCUUAUUGUUUGUGGAUCACAUCGUUCAACCAGAUCAACGAGGUCAGGGAGGUAAAAUCGUUUUCCAAAUGUUGGAUGAGAGUUCACCUUUAGAAUUAAACUAUCAUGGCUAUGUCGAACCCGAUACCAACUCACCUUUCUUGACCGACAGUCGACCAUUUAAUUUGAUGUUUAAGACCUUCUUGGACCCUAUUGAUCCUAUUGAUCGUGUUAUCCAAACCACCAUGAAUAAACCCAAUGACUCUAAAACAAGUGUACGUGAGGCUGUGGAUCAAGUCUUAAAACCUUCCACCGUCUUUCUUCGUCCCGAAACUGCCCAAGGUGUCUUUGUCAAUUUUGAGCAAGUAGUACGUACCAUGAAGACAAAACCACCCUUUGGUAUUGCCCAAGUUGGUAAAUCCUUUAGAAACGAAAUCAGAUUAGAACACGGUAUCUUUAGAACUCCCGAAUUCGAACAAUUGGAACUCGAGUUCUUUGUGGCGCCUUGGGAAGCCAAACAUUAUUUUAAAUAUUGGCGUAAAGAACGUUACAAUUGGUGGUUAGAGCACGCUACCAACCCAGAAAAAUUCAGACAGAGAGACCAUGAAUCCGAUGAGAUGGCUCAUUAUGCUACAGGCUGUACAGAUGUUGAAUAUCUCUAUCCUUGGGGCUGGGGAGAAGUAGAAGGCGUGGCUCAUAGAGGAAACUACGAUUUAACGCAACAUAUUAAGAAUACCGGUGCCAACUUUGAAAUAUCUGAAGAAAAACCUGCAUUAUCUCAAGAGGUGAAGGAAUCAGGUGAAGGUGAAGCUGAAUUAAUACCAACAGAAACACCUGCUCGUUAUAUACCUCAUGUUGUUGAAAGUUCAUGUGGAUUAAAUCGUGCAAUGUUGGCUUAUCUCUGUGACGCAUUCCAUCAAAUUGAAGACGGCAAGGGCAAACCACCAAGAAACGUCUUAAAGUUGCAUCCACGUUUAUCACCCAUCAAGUGUGCUGUCAUGCCACUUACUGGUAAAGAUGAGUUCUUGCCUCUUACUAAAAAGGUUGCCAAAUCCUUAAGACGAAAGGGCUGGUACACUGUCAUUGAAUCUCAAAAGUUAAAGAUUGGUAAACGUUACUAUCGUCAUGAUGAAAUCGGUACUCCUUGGUGUGUCACUGUUGAUUAUCAAAGUCUGGAGGAUGAUACAGUCACUAUCCGUGAUCGUGAUACUGGCCUUCAAGAAAGAGUCAACUGGAAAGAUGUUCAGACUAUUAUCGGUGAAAAGUUGAUGGAACCUGAGGAUUUAGAUUAA